AUGAGGACAUUGUCCUUUGGAUUAUAUGACUCUCCUUUCUUUCUUCAAACACAGUUUCGUUCCUUCUUCAAUUCUUUCUUCCUUUCUUCUCAGUUCUGUUCUGUUCUUUCUUUCUUUCUUUCUUUCUUUCUUUCUUUCUUAAAGAAAGAAAGCCUCUUUUUAGUUCUUUCUCUUUUUCUUUUUUACUUAUAUUCUUCCCUUCUUAAAUUCUCUACUUUUCAAGUAUCGGUCAUUUUUUUUUUAGCUUUUUUUCUCUCUUCCGUUUGUAAUUGUAUUUUUCUCACAAUUCUUUCUUUUUUUCUUUCUUUCUCUCUUUCUUUCUUUUUCGUGUUCAUGUCUUUUUACCACUCUGUUUUCUUUCUUUCUUUCUUUCUUUCUUUCUUUCUUUCUUUCUUUCUUCAGCACUUUUUUACUUCUUUUUUUAAAAAUUCUUUUUCGAUAUGCACUUCAUUUUUUCUUGAUAUCUGUCUUUUUCUAACAAUUUGUUUUCUUUCUUUUUCAUUUCUUUCUUUCAUUCUGAGAAAUGGUUUCUUUCUAUUAACUUUCUUCCUUUUUGUUUCUCUUUCUCGGAUUCUCCGAUCUAUCUAUCUAUCUAUCUAUCUAUCUAUCUAUCUAUCUAUCUAUCUAUCUAUCUAUCUAUCUCAUUCUCUUAAUAUGUAUCUCAGCCUUUUCUUUGUUUAUUUUCUGUUUUUACUUAAACAUCUCCUACUCUUUCUUUCUUUCUUUCUUUCUUUCUUUCUUUCUUUCUUUCUUUCUUUCUUUCUCGGAUUCUCCGAUCUAUCUAUCUAUCUAUCUAUCUAUCUAUCUAUCUAUCUAUCUAUCUGUAUCUCAGACUUUUCUUUCUUUCUUUCUUUCUUUCUUUCUUUCUUUCUUUCUUUCUUUCUUUCUUUGAUUCUCCGAUCUAUCAAUCUAUCUAUAUCUCAGACUUUUCUUUCUUUCUUUCUUUCUUUCUUUCUUUCUUUCUUUCUUUCUUUCUCGGAUUCUCCGAUCUAUCUAUCUAUUUUCUGUUUUUACUUAAACAUCUCCUACUCUUUCUUUCUUUCUUUCUUUCUUUCUUUCUUUCUUUCUUUCUUUGAUUCUCCGAUCUAUCUAUCUAUCUAUCUAUAUCUCAGAUUUUUCUUUCUUUCUUUCUUUCUUUCUUUCUUUCUUUCUUUCUUUCUUUCUUUCUUUCUUAAGCAACUCCCAUUUUAUUUUCAUUUUCUCCUUCUACUCUUCCAUUAUUCCUUUCUUUUUCAUUUCUUUUCUGAUCUUUAUUUUCUUUUCCCACAAUCCUUCUAUUUUAGUCAUUUCACUUCCUUUUCUACUUAUACUUCUCCCACUAAUCUUUCAUUCUUUGUCAAGCAUCCCCCUUUUUUAGCCUUAUUUUUCUCUUCUUUCUGCAACCCCCCUCAUCCAUCCAUCCUUCCGCCCUACCAUGUAAUAGCACCCCAGGAGGACCUUUCUAAUUGCUCUUCCGUGUACCAAUGCCAAUACGUGUAG